AGGAGAAGAAGAAGGAGUGUUUCCGGUGCGGCCUGUACUUUCUGCCGCUGUUUGUCUGGAGACUUAUCAAACAUUAAAGCGUCUUCACAGCAGAUGGCGUCUGGACUCCUGGAGCCUCCUGAAGGAGGAGAACAGCUCUGUGUCUUCCUGCUGAGAGAUGAAGAGGAGGAGGAGGAGGAGAUGAGGAGGGAGGUGGGCUGUCAGUGGGAGAGUCCAGAGGAGGAGAGGAAGGAGGAGAGGAAGGAGGUGGGCUGCCAGAGUGACUCAGCAGAGAGGAGGGACGCUGCCGUGCAGGUAGACCUGCUGACUCAGCAGCUGAGCUGGAGACACACAGGCUCGUCUGCGAUGCUGCUGCAGUGUUUUGCUGUUAGACCUGAUGGACCAGGAGGUGGCGCUCUACUGCAGCACUGCACCACCAACCGCACCAGAACCAGAACCAUCAAACCCGCCAUCAGACAGUCCCCCAAACCCACCCAGUCCAGGUCCAGGUCCAGGUCCAAGAGGAGACCGCCUCCUCAGAGCUCACACGCCACCAGGCCAAGUCCGACUCAACGUUGCCACCGCCGUGCGUCGCCUGUUACCGACCUCCAACACGAGGAAGAAGAGGAGGAGGAGGAGGAGGAGCAGGAGGUGGUGGAGGAGGACACAGGUGAUCCCACCUGGACUCCAGCUGAGGGAGGUGUGGACCCGUCUCCCUCGGCUCUGGAGGAUGCCCAGCUGGACUCGGAGUCCCAGCAUGCACCUCUUCGCGCGGUGAAGCUAGAGCCCGGCAGCACCAUGUGUGACGUUUGUGGUAAAGUGAUGAAGAAUAAGUCGAGUCUGGCGCGACACUCGUUCAUCCACACGGGGAAGAAGCCGUUCGCCUGUCACCUGUGCGACCUGCGCUUCAACCGCCGCGACAACCUGCAGCACCACCUGAGCCGGCUGCACCCCAACGGCGUCGCCAAGCUGGAGAAGCAGCGCGAGGUGACGGCGUGGCUGUGCGCCGUCUGUGGUAAAACCUUCAGCUGCAGGUCCCGCCUCAAAACACACGAGGUCAUCCACUCGGGGGUGAAACCUCACCGCUGCGACCUCUGCCCCAAAGCCUACAUGAGGACCAACGACCUCGAGCACCACAAAAAGAUCGUCCACGUGGACGGCGCCGCAGAACCUCAGCGCUCCAGCUCGCUGCUCUGCGACCUCUGUGGCAAAGAGUUCAAAUGCCGGUCGCAGCUGGCCGUCCACUUCCAGACUCACACGGGAGAGCGCCCGCACCUCUGCGACAUCUGCGGCCGCAAGUUCGGCCGUCAGUACCAGCUGAAACGCCACAAGAUCCUGGUCCACGCCAAGCGGGUGAACGGCGAGGACAGCCCGCCGCCCGACACUCCGUUUGCCUGCGACGUCUGUGGGAAGCGGCUGAAAUCCGAGGCGCUCCUCUCUGCCCACUCCCGCAUCCACUCGGGCGACAAACCUCACCGCUGCGGCAUUUGUCUGCGCAGCUUCCAGCGCGCCACCUGCCUGAAGCAGCACCACGUACGCGUUCACCUGAAGGUCAGAGUGAACGAGGCGCCGCACGUCAUCGGACGCAGGAGGAGCUCGGUGGCGGCGAAGGUGUUCCCAUGUCCGAUCUGCAGCAAAGUUUUUAAAUUCAAGUCUCUGCUGGCGAGCCACACGCUGAUCCACAGCGAGCUGCGACCGUACGGCUGCGACUUCUGCAGCCGCAGCUUCAGACGCCUCAGCCACCUCAAGAGACACCGCCAGGUCGUCCACGCCAACGGAGAGCGCCCGCCGCAGAGCUUCGUCUGCCACAUCUGCGGCAAAGACAAGAAGUGCCGCUCACAGCUCGCCAGACACGUCAUCAUCCACACUGGAGAGCGGCCGUUCGCCUGCGACCUCUGCCCCGCCCGCUUCAACCGCAGUGGGAACCUGCAGCAGCACAGGAAGCGCAUGCACGGCGUGGGGACGGCACCCGUUGAGGAAGCCCCGCCCAUCCUGUUUGAUGACGACAUGAUGCCCGCUCUAACUUACAAACAGGAAGAGACGGUGGUGGCCGUCGACGCCACGGCUGUGGGCUCUGAGGCCGCGGCGAGCGACAACACAGACAGCGUCGAGCAGCUCAUCGCUACCUGAGCGUCUGAACUGAGCGCGCUCAGAACGUCUUCCUGAAGGUCGAGAGAAGGUCGAGAGAACGUUGAACUCUGAACAAAUAGCUGUUGAUGAGCUUUAAUAAAGAGCAGCUGAUGAUCAUAUUCCA